UAAUUUCAAACAUUAGAAUCAUCCUAUUCGUAGCCUCGUAAUGCCGGAAUCUUCAAAUACGAUAUUAAAUACCAUAGGAUUCAAAAGGAGGGAAUCAUAUGAAAUUCUUCACUUACUUUGCACUGAUUGACGCCAAGCCACCUAAUAUAUCUUAAUCGAUCGCCGCAACCAUAUUAUAAACGAAGAUGCUCGCCCUCGUAGAAGUAACUCUAUCUUGGCUAUUUAAAAACGCCAAAGGUCGCGAUGCGAAGAGCUUCUUUAAGGGACCUGCGUUCGCUGAAUUGCAGGACAAACAGGAGAUCACCGUCACAGCACCCGAAUGCGGCCCCACUAACUCGAUACUCGGUGUCGAGUACACGGCCGACGGCGUAGGCAAAUUCCCUUCUUUGCGCUGGGAAGCACCAGUACAUAUCGCGACGGAGGUCAGGGAAUGGCUGUUGGUUUCAGAGGAUCCGGACGCGCCGUUACCUACGCCUAUUUGUCACGGGAUCUAUGGAGGCAUCGCACCUUCAAAGACAGGUGUCGAUGCUGCUGACUUCGAGAUCGAGGAUAAGAGCAAAGCAAGAUUGAAGGGUGGUUUUCAUUACGGUCGGUCGAGGAAUAGUAAUGUAUAUAUUCCACCAAGGCCGCUUCUGAACCACGGACCUCAUAGAUGUAAGCCAUACCUUUUCAUUACUGUAGUAUCAUGUCAACGUUGUUAAAACUCAACUUUCUAUAGAUUUCUUCGAGGUCGUAGCUCUGAAAGAACCAUUAGACCCUAGCUUGUUGACUGCGACCACCACAAGAGAACAGAUAGGAGAAGCUAUUGUUGGUAAGGUCCUGGCAUGGGGUAUGUGGAUAGGUGUUGCAGAGAGGAAGUGGUAAAAGAUAGAAGAUUAUGAUGUAGCUCUUAAUGAUGGAAGCAGAAAAUAUAGAAGUAAACGAAGCGAUUCUCUAUCGGAUAACCUCGGAACCCAAACACUCCCCUUCAUUUACCCCCUACUAAUUUACCUAUGUCAUAAGGUCAUAUUGUGCUACACAACGUUUCCUAAUAGCGCUAGUAACAAUUGUAUAGAGUUUAUAGGUGCUCAUAACUAACCGCCUAUUGUCCUUCGGGACGUUUUGGAGUGUCUGCACUGCUGUACUGAACUGGUGUAGGCAAUCAAUGUCUUGGAGCGUGUUCAAAAUUUGUUUGAGCUUGUCUGAAUUUGUUGUUUCUGUUGUUUGAAUUUUUUGGCUCUUGAGAUACUGAAUUCGAAUCGACCUCAAGUAACAUUUCUUUU